CACCCAAUCUUCGCAGAAUCUCGUGCACCAACGAGAACAAGAUGAGCGAUUCAGAGCUGGCUUUAGAUUUGGCCGCGGAGGUCACGAAGAUCAAAUCCAAAGCGGUGCAGAAACAGGAGGCUCUAAGGAAGAGCAAAGAGAUGCUGUUCACGGAGCUCUGCAAUUACUUGGGCUUGAAUUCGGAGGAGGCGAAGAAGAAAUGGAAGAGAAGCAGUGAAGAGGAAAGGUCGGCGUUGAUCAAAGGAUUUGUUUCAGAUUGGGCUGCCAAUUUCCAUCCGUUAUCUGCUAGGUCUGUUAAGCAAUUGGUUGAUGAGUACUUGGUGGAGAACCCUUCUUCUUCUGGUUCAUCUUCUAGAUUGUUCCCCAGUAUUAGGAAAUUGAUGGGGUUUUCUCAACAAGAGAAAGAAUAGAAUAAAGAUUUCUCUUACCAGAAAGAUCACAUUAUGUGAUAGUUUUAUGAA